AGAGCCCUUGCAAACCAGACCGACAUCAACACCAACAGCAGGUGGGCAGGCCUCGGCCCUCCUCCCCACCCCCAAGGCCAGCUGCAGCCCCGGCCCAGGACCCGCCGCCCCUCCCACCACCCCUCCCGCCACCAUGGUCCGGUACCGGGAGAGGAGCCCCAGCGAGCGCCCGCACCAGGGGUAUAGGCAGCAAGGGCACGGGCAGGAGCAAGGCCUCGAGGGCCAGGAGGAGCAGGGCCUGAGCCCGGAGACCAUCGAGUUCUACGGCAGGACCUACCGAGGCCGCCGCUGCAGGCGCAGGCGGCGCUGCUCUCGGAGGAGGCUGUGCCGGAUCCACAGGCGGCGGCGGCGCUCCUGCCGAAGGCGCAGGAGACGCUGCUGCAGGCGGAGGCACCGCAGAGGCACCCCUCGCAACCAGAAUUUUCUUUCCCAAAAGGCUGCAGAAGGAGGAGGAGAAGAUGCAGAAGGCGCUACUACUGAACUUCCUGAGCCCACCACCCCUGGCUGGGAGUUAAGGAGAAUCCACCUGCCUGGGAAACACCUCGCGAGGCCAUAGCAACUCCCCCACACCAGAUGCCCGAGCCCUGAGUUGCUGAAGAACCCACAAGAUCUGAAUAAAAUGAGCAAAAGUCACCUGCCAAAUAAAACUUGACGAGAAAUUC